AAGGCUCUGCAGAGUAUGGCCACCAUGUCCUCAGCUCAGAUCAUCUCACCCACUGCCUUCCAGAACAAGAUGGCUCUUCAGAGCCUCUCUAGACCAGCUUAUCCCACUGCUGGUGGGUUUUGGCAUGGGACCCUUCCAGGGCAGCCAGGAGGCUAUGAAGACAUUAAGCCCUUCUCCCAGCAGAGUUACGCCAUGCAAGCGUCCGGCCCCGCCCCAAUAACAGGUUAUGAAAGCACAGCAGGGCUGUCUAUGUCCCCUGGUGCACCCCCUUGGCAGGGCCGAAGCAUCGCUAGCUCCAAGCUGCGAAUGUUGGAGUUCUCAGCCUUCCUAGAGCAACCUCAGGACUCAGAGACAUUCAACAAGCACCUGUUUGUGCAUAUCGGCCAGUCCAACCCCAGCUAUAGUGACCCUUAUCUGGAGUCGGUGGACAUCAGGCAGAUCUAUGACAAGUUCCCGGAGAAGAAGGGGGGCCUGAAAGAGCUCUUUGACAAAGGACCACACAAUGCCUUUUUUCUUGUCAAAUUCUGGGCGGACCUGAGUGUGAACCUACAGGAUGACAGCAGCUUUUUUUAUGGCGUGUCCAGCCAGUAUGAGAGCUCUGAGAACAUGAUCAUUACCUCAUCCACCAAGGUCUGCUCCUUUGGCAAACAGGUGGUGGAGAAAGUGGAGACAGAGUAUGCACACUUCGAGAAUGGGCGCUAUGUAUUUCGGAUCCACCGAUCCCCAUUAUGUGAAUACAUGAUCAAUUUCAUCCACAAACUUAAACACCUCCCUGAGAAAUACAUGAUGAACAGUGUUCUGGAAAACUUCACUAUUCUACAGGUGGUGACUAACAGAGAUACACUGGAGACCCUGCUGUGCAUAGCCUACGUCUUUGAGGUGUCUACUAGUGAGCAUGGUGCGCAGCAUCAUAUUUACAGGCUGGUCAAAGACUGACACAGUUCUACAGUUGGAACCUGUCACCUGUAGACCCCCUUUGUAGCACACGAGUAAGCAACAACGCCAAACAAAAGACUAGACUACUGGCUGGCACGAGCUGAAAGCUAGACUCUGUCAAGUCCGUUAGAAAACCAGAGAAACACUGGCUGCAUCAGUGCAUGCAGGAACAUUACUACUGCUGAGGAAGACGAAGUGCAUUGGGAACUUUGGAAGAUGAAACGAUGUGAAAAGUGACAAAAAGUGGAAUAAAACAGGAGGAGGACCAUGAGCUCUCUAUACCAAAGGAGCCAAACAAAAUGUGCAUGAGAGAGUUGUCAUGGUGGUAUUUUUCAUCUUGUUUUACCGAAGCUUGUUUGUGAUUUAAUUAUUUUAUAUGUGCAUGCAGGGCUGUUUGCAACAGGAACAGUUGGUGGCCUCAAGGUGCCAUCUAUUGACUUAAAUAAAUAUU